UCAGCAGUUGGAUGAGAAGCGUUUCAUACGGAGGAGAGGAACUCAGAUAACACGCAGUGUAGAUGGCUAAACAAUAGGAACUGUUUUCCAAAAAAGAAACAAAUAAGAUAUAGAUCGUAUUUUAUUUGUUAGUGACGUUGUGUACAGUUCGCAAAUUAAUUUAGUCGACCUCUAGAAAGCUCGAAAGGAGUUAUGAAAAACAACUGCUAACUUCUCGAGUAGCAACUCCAGUGCACGUAUUAUAACGUUAGCUAACGUAGUGCUCCAAAGUAAGCACUAAAUUGACCUAAAAAGGCAAACGACUGAAAUGAGCUCGUCAGUAGACUUUGUGUAACAGUUAAAGUUUAGCCGUGUCUGUAAAAGUUACCGUCUGCCCUGCAAACUUAACUUGUUAGUUUGUUAGCGAGAGAGCAGCGAUUUGCUCCGGUUGUCGGUCCAUGCGUGAGAGGGAGGGAUGUGUAGCCGCGGCGGAGUUGGGGUCGCCCGUGGCAGCUCUGGUAUGCAGCCGAUGAAGGCGACUGUCCCUUUCCAGCUUAACAACAACAGUAUUAGCAAACCCCAGUCGGCUCUGAGAGAUGCCAAACCAGUGUCUGAGAAACCGUUGUGGUGCUCACUAACUGGACAGAAUCCACACAGCCAUUCACUGGACGCCAUUGUGGGCCCAUAUCUACAUGGACACUGGCCCAGGGAAGGAUCACACUACAAGAAGGACAAGUCCACUCAGACUCCAGCCUCGUGGGCGGACAACCAGCAGAGCAGUCCAGGGGGAGGCAGCCACAAGCGCUCGGCAUCAUGGGGCAGUGCAGCACACAAAGAGGGGUUCAGGCAGCGCCAGCAGCAGCAGUGUGCUGUGGUCCUGGGGGGAAGUCUGGACAGGAGAAGGAUCCACGCGGUCACUCAGGCUGGCUCCGGUUCCCCACCCUGGAUCACCCAGAGCCAGCCUCUUCCCAUCCCUCUGAAUGGAGUCCACACUCGUCUCCGACACAGUGAGGAGAAGCUGGACCAGGAGCUGGAGACCAUCUUUAAACAGCACUCACUAUUACAAGAUUUCCUGGUCCCUAAUGGACGCAGAGGUCCAGUACCCCCAUACUGCAACUGCUGCGGCGAGCAUCAGACUUGCCUCUCCUCCUCCCCCUCCCCCUCUCCUUCCUCUUCUCCCGCCACGUCCAUACUCUCCUCCUCCUCCUCCUCCUCCUCCUCCUCUCCUGAUCUGUCUUUGCCCUCAUCUCCUGUGACCUGCACCCUUGAUCCUGUCAGAGAGGUGUGUGGGGAGGAUGGGCUCUCUGCUCUCCCCCUGUUGGGCUCUCUGAGUCUGGACGACAGGGACACCUCUGCCCCCCCUGGGAUCCCUCUAUCUGGGAACGACCAGGAUGACUCUGCCCCCUCUUUAGGCCUGGUGGUUGGGGUAGACGGGGACUCCUCUGCCCCCUGUCUUGGUCCUGUGUGUGCGGAGGAUGGGCCCGUGGCCAUAUUCUCCUCCUCCCCCCGUCCCAACAAGAGUGUGUGUUUCCAGAGGGAGCCACCCGAGGGUUGUGAGAAGGUCCCGGUGUGUGAGGAAGUCAUGUUCUCAGUCAAGUCCCAAUCCCGUGCACUUCCCUGUUGCCCUGACCCAGAUAAGGUCAACUUCACACCACGGAGAGGCUCCACUUUUUGCCCAGUCAGUUUGCACAAGCCCCUCCCAUCCUCCAUGGACUUCCUGUUUCACAGCCUAUCAGUGUCGCCUAUAUCUGAGCGGGCGGGACGCACAGGGACAGGAAGGCCCACUCCUGACUCUGCUGCCACUACCAAGAGAGAGAGAUGCCAGGAGCAAGACUGUGAUGGGUAGCGUAGCUCUGGUGUGUGUGUGUGUUUUGUUUUGUGUGUGUGUG